AUGCAGACCAAUUCAGUAAAGACAAGUGUAGAAUCAAAGCAGAAGUUUCUCAAUACGAAACAAUUGCACUGUGGAGAUGGUGGGGUAUCUGCAGGGGUAGGCGGACUUGGUUCUGUAGGAGUACACGGUAGUUACGAUAAGGGUAAAGGUGUCAGUGGAGGUGUUCAUGGUAGUGUUGGUGUUCCCGGAGCAGAAGUGGGAGGUUCUGUGGAUGUUAAUUCACAUGGGACUGUUUCUGUAGGUGGCAGUGCAACUGCAGGUGGAUCUACGUUAAGUGGUAGCGUUAAUUCCAAAGGGGAAACUGAUUCCAGCUUGACUCAAUCAGUUCCAUUUGGAAAACGAGACGUUGAGGUUGGAGAAGAAAUUGUGAAUGAUGAAUCCGAAGAAUUGAACAUGAUUGUCAGUAACCAACAUACUAAUGGCGGCAAAUCCGGUGGUGUUUUAAUAACAAUACUUAUUCCACAAAGGAGUAGGAUACAACAGCCAAAGAUUACCUAUCUUUAAUUCUACAUGACACUUCAAGCCACAGAAACUUUAUUCUGGAUUUUAUGCCUUUAAGUCAGGGCUCAAUGAUUAUCUAGACUGGUGUAAUAUUGCGGGUUUAGAAACAUAUUUUGUUCAUUAUUACAUAAAGUUAAUAAAUUCAUAGAUUCCAUAAUGUUCUUUUGUACUUGAUCCUUUUAAAAUAAAUGUUGCCUGAAGCGUCCCAUUGUGGU